AUGUUAGCCAACAACGACUACACUUACAAGGGCUCCGGCACCAACAGCCAGGGUAACCACUGGUGCUCGCGUGACUACGGCAACGGCUCCAACAGCUACCACUACUCCAACGCUGAUGGCUCCUACUACUACUCCAACCCCGACGGCAGCACCUACCACAACAAUGGCAACGGCGGAUCCACCUACACCUCGCCCAGCGGCCAGGUUCAUCAGUCUGGCUAUGGUGGAAGCAGCGGCGGCAGCGGCAGCGGCAGCUCGGGAAACAAAUGA